GGGACAGGAGGAAAGCGGGUCACGACACCGCCGUGACGUUACGUUGGACCCAAAGUGUAACUGUUAACAUGCGCAGACAGGACGACAGACAGACACCGAGUCCGGCUUAAUGUUAUAAUUACAAAACUUGCUGUCAUAGAUACGUGUGAUGAUCAUUUUUGCCUAUAUUUCAAAAUAGUAGCUUGGAUGUGUAUUUAUGGAGGCGACAUAGUACGCCGAGGGCAGCCUGACCUCGGUGUUGUCGAAACAAGAUGAUGAAAAACUGGGGUGUCAUUGGUGGGAUAGCUGCUGCGAUUGCAGCUGGAGUAUACGUUUUGUGGGGCCCAAUUACUGAGCGAAAGAAGAGAAAGAGAGGUAUGGUUCCUGGCCUGUUGAACUUAGGCAACACCUGCUUCCUGAACUCUUUGCUUCAGGGCUUGGCAGCAUGUCCGUCCUUCAUCAGGUGGCUGGAGAAGUUUUCAGGUUCGCCUCCAGUCCAGUCAGCCAAAGACAACCAGCUGUCUACGACACUGCUUCAGCUUCUCAAAGCUCUGUCCAGUGAGGAGCCUGGGGACGAAGAUGUACUUGAUGCCGGAUGUCUCCUGGAUGUUCUCAGACUGUACCGGUGGCACAUCAGUUCAUUUGAAGAGCAGGAUGCACAUGAACUUUUUCAUGUCCUUACGUCUUCUCUGGAGGAGGAGCGGGAUCAUCAACCCAAAGUCACUCACUUGUUUGACAUGCAGUCGCUCGAGAGUCUCCCUGAUCAAGAUGAGAAAACUAUGACCUGCAGAAGUCGAGCUCCUCUUCAUCCAAUACCAAGUCCUUGGAAGUUUCAACAUCCUUUUCAUGGUCGUUUAACAAGCAACAUGUCAUGCAAGCGCUGCGAACAACAAAGUCCGGUGCGGUAUGACUCAUUUGAGAGCCUCUCCCUGUCCAUCCCUUUACCUCACUGGGGUCGACCUAUCUCUCUAGAUCAGUGUCUUCAGCAUUUCAUCUCCUCAGAAACCAUCAAAGAAGUGGAGUGUGAAAACUGCACCAAGCUUCAACAAGGGACAACAGUAAAUGGGCAAGUUUUGGAAAGCCAGAGGACAACAUUUGUUAAACAGCUAAAACUGGGAAAGCUCCCCCAGUGCCUCUGCAUCCAUUUACAAAGACUGACGUGGUCCAGUGAAGGAACCCCCAUCAAAAGACAGGAGCAUGUGCUGUUCACAGAGUAUCUAUCGAUGGACUGCUACAAACACAAUGCUUCCACACAGAGAAGUCAGCGGGUCAAAUGUGCUCCAAAGCCCAUAAAGGCAGAAAACUCUGAUGAUUCCAUGGAGAAGCCCACUACUAAUGGCACUGAUGCAGAGCACCGUAACAACAACAACAACCCUUUUUCUAAUGGAACCUGUUCGUCUGUAUUUCUUCGCUCUCCUGGUGUGAACCCACAGCUCGGCCUCACAUAUGACUACAGUUCUACAGAGUACCUUUUCCAGCUCACGGCUGUGCUGAUUCACCACGGUGACAUGCACUCAGGACAUUUCGUCACAUACCGCCGCAGCCCUUCCUCCCCUCGCAUCCCUUCACCCUUCAGCUCCCAGUGGCUUUGGGUGUCAGACGACUCGGUACGAAAAGCCAGCCUGCACGAGGUUCUGUCUUCCAACGCUUACAUGCUCUUCUACGAGAGAGUCCGAAGACUGAACCUCGCUGUGCACUCAUCAGAGGAGUAACCCAGACACUUACAACCUCACAGCCUGACUGACUUCUGCCUUUCCAGUCAAACUGUCACAGCUGUACGUGCCAGUCACAACGCAGUUACCAACAGGUGGAUUUGUGACAAUGAGACCAGAGAGGAAAGCCAUCCUAGAGUUAUUGUAGAGAUAACUUUGCAUCAUGGAUCACAGCAACACGUUGAAGGUCGUUCUGUGUGUUCUGACCUUAAAUCCACGAGUGGACUCUUUCUCUGAUCCAGAGUUGGAGGUUCUCAAUCCCAAAGAUUAUGGACCUGCAGGAUUUUUAGUCAGAUUUCUUUGAUCAUAUAAACUACUUUUCUUUGAGGUGUAACAAUUUCUGUCAUGUUACAUGUUGGCUUCUAUGGGACAAAAAAACAGGAACACCUGACAAUAUAGUGCACUUGUGAGACUGUCAGAGACUCAAUUCUGUGGCAUUUUUAUGAUGCUCUAGUUGUUGGUGUUAAAUUGGAGCGCAAUAUAAUUUAAGGUGUUCCUGUUAUUUUGUCCACUGCCUGUACAUUACAGACACAGACAGAAGUAGCUGAUUAGGAAUUCUUGGAGAUGUUACUUAGAGGUUGUUGUUUAUCAAAAGUCAAAUAGAGAACCAGAGUUAAGGAAAAGUCUACCUAUCGUCUAAUCUAAUCUGCCUAAUCUUUCCCAGCGAUGUACGUCAACUGUAGUGGAAAUAAUGUUUCAAUUGACAUAGUUCAUAAGCAGUUGAAUUUGAUAUUUUUCUAUGUUUCCAAUAAUCAUGAUUUGCAGAGCUGCACAGUUAAGGUUAAAGUGCCAUGUUGUCUUCAAUGCUCGAGAUUUUUAACACAUGAAACACGUGUGCUACUAAUGUGAACAUACAAUAUGAUGCAUCAGAGCCAUUUGGCAUGGUAUUGACGUAACAGUUUAACAGAUUAAUAAUGUUCUGCUCUCUGUUGAUAAAGCCACAGUAAGACUGCAGGUUUUUGGGCAAGUUAUCAUGAAUAUUUUAAAUUCUGUGUUACAGAUAACUGCCGUUUUGCUCAAACCAAGUCAAAUCAAGAAAUGGCCUGGUGCAAAAGUCCUUGUUAAUGUUUGCGAUUUGCACUAAUGUAUAUUCAUGUGAGAUUGUGUUUAUUCGUGUGCAAUCUGUAAAGGUGAUUGUUUUCAGGUAUUAAAAUAUGAAAAAUA